AUGCGACUUCCACCUCCCUUGGUCGCAUUGUCCGGCGUCGCCGCCGCCACCAUCCCGAGCUCGCUGCACAUGCUCGACAGCAUCAUGUCGCGCGGCCAGGGCACCGUCUCCUCCUCCGGCGCCGUCACCAGCACCCUCGAGAGCGGGCUCCUCGCCGCCGCCCUCGCCGCCGCCAUCACACAGUACCCCUCCUCCCCCUCCUUCCCCCGAUACGCCGACUACCUCGGGCAAGUCAUCUCCGUCGCCAGCCCCGCGCUCGGGGACGCCGCGCACGACGCCGCCGCCGUGCCGCUCGACCGCUUCUCCAUUGCCACCGGCAUCGACGCCGCCCGCGCCGCCGCCGCCGCCCCGAUCCCUGCCGUCGCGGCCGUGGACGCCGCGUACCUCGCAGUCAACGCCUCCCUGGCCCUGCAGCCGCGCAACCCGGACGGCGGCUUCUGGUACUACGUCUACCCGGACUGGAGCUACCUCGACGGCAUGUACUCGCUGCUCCCCUUCAUGGCAGCUGCCAGGCCCGCCGUCGACUACGCGGACAUGGCGCUGCAGGUGCGCCUGCUCGCGCGGCGCUGCCGCCACGCCGACUCCGGGCUGUACGUCCACGGCUACGACUGGUCGCGCACCGCCGUCUGGGCCGACCCCGUCACCGGCGCGAGCCCGCUCGUCUGGGGCCGCUCGCUCGGGUGGUUUCUCGCGGGGCUGGUGCAGGCCUGGGAGCGCCUCGACUGCCACGACCGCCGCGGCGAGGGGGACGCGCCCUGCGCCGAGAUGAGGGAGGCUGUCGUCGACGCCGCCCCGCGCCUCGUCGCCCUCGCGGACGCGGAGACCGGCGCCUGGUGGCAGCUGCCCACCCUCGGCGGCCGGCCCGGCAACUUCCUCGAGAGCUCCAGCACGGCCCUGUUCGUCUUCGCGCUGCUCAAGGCGCGCCGGCUCGGCCUUCUUGAGGCUGUCAGCGGCUGCUGCGGUGAGGGCUGCGGUGGUGCCGACCGCAUCCGGCGGGCGGCGCUGCGGGCGUACGACUACGCGCGGGCCAACUUCGUUACGGAUGCGGGCAACGGCACGGUCGGGUUCAACGGGACCGUCGCCGUGUGCAGCCUCAACUCGACGGCGACGUUUGAGUAUUACACGUCGCGGCCGCUGGUGCCCAACGGGCUGCUCGGGUCGGCCGCGUUUGUGCUGGCUUCGCUCGAGGUCGAGAAGCUCGCUGCGUAA